CGAGUCCCUACCCGGUCGGCCGCCGCUGUUUCUUACUCGGCUGAGACUGCUGUUGCCUUCGCCGCAGCCGCCAUGGCCGCCUACAGCAAGUUCUUCACCGCGCGUUACUCCACCAUGGCUGGCGGCGCAGCCGCCGCUUGCGCUCUCAUCUGCCUGCUCAGCAAACGGCGGAGGGCGGCUGCCCAGCUCGAAAAGAAAAGUGGGAAAACAUUACCCAGCAAUGAGAAAGAAGUCAAGAAAGAGCGAGCUGUAGUGGACAGAGUUUUCUUUGCAAGAAUAUAUCAAAUCCUGAAAGUUAUGGUUCCUAGAACAUUUUGUAAAGAGACAGGUUAUUUGGUACUUAUUGCCAUGAUGUUGAUACUUCGCACAUACUGUGAUAUUUGGAUGAUUCAGAAUGGAACAGUUAUUGAGAGUGCAAUCGUAAGCAGGGAUCUGUCGCUAUUCAAGAAUUUCUUUUUUAAAUUUGUAGUUUCCAUUCCACUGAUUUCCCUUGUGAAUAACUUCUUGAAGUAUGGACUAAAUGAACUUAAGUUGCGUUUCCGUGUGCGACUCACCAAGUACCUUUAUGAUCAAUAUCUUCAGACUUACACUUACUACAAAAUGGGAAAUUUAGACAACAGGAUAGGUAAUCCCGAUCAGCUGCUUACACAAGAUGUGGAAAAGUUUUGUAACAGCGUAGUAGACUUAUAUUCAAACCUUAGCAAGCCAUUUUUGGAUAUUGUUCUAUAUAUCUUCAAGCUAACAAGUGCAAUAGGUGCUCAGGGUCCUGCUUCCAUGAUGGCCUACUUGAUUUUUUCAGGCUUUUUCCUUACACGCUUAAGAAGACCCAUUGGUAAAAUGACUAUCACGGAGCAAAAAUAUGAAGGAGAAUACAGAUUUGUCAAUUCACGGCUCAUUACAAAUAGUGAGGAAAUUGCUUUUUACAAUGGGAAUCAAAGAGAAAAACAAACAAUUCACAAAGCCUUCCACAAACUGGUAGAGCACUUGCACAAUUUCAUUUUGUUCCGGUUUACUAUGGGCUUUAUAGAUACCAUCAUUGCCAAAUACCUUGCUACUGUAGUUGGCUAUCUCGUUGUUAGCCGUCCAUUUUUAAACUUAUCUCAUCCUCGUCAUCAGAAUAGUAGCCAUGCAGAACUUCUGGAGGAUUACUACCAAAGUGGAAGGAUGUUACUGAGAAUGUCUCAAGCUCUUGGCAGAAUAGUUCUGGCAGGUCGUGAAAUGACACGACUGGCAGGCUUCACAGCUCGGAUUACAGAAUUAAUGCAAGUUCUAAAGGAGUUAAACAGUGGCAAAUACCAGCGGACCAUGUUAACACAAGAAAAAGAUUCAGAUCUAGAGCACACUGUCCCACUGAUUCCUGGUGCUGGACGAAUUCUCAUAGCUGAUAACAUUAUCAAAUUUGAUCAUGUUCCAUUGGCGACACCAAAUGGGGAUAUCUUGCUUAAAGAUCUCAACUUCGAGGUACGAUCUGGAGCAAAUGUUCUGAUUUGUGGGCCAAAUGGGUGUGGAAAGAGUUCACUCUUUCGUGUCCUUGGUGAGUUAUGGCCUCUAUUCGGUGGAUGCCUAACUAAACCAGAAAGAGGAAAGUUGUUUUAUGUUCCCCAGAGACCAUAUAUGACCCUUGGAACUCUCAGAGACCAAGUAAUUUAUCCAGAUACUGUAGAAGAUCAGAGAAGGAAAGGAAUCUCUGACCAGGUGCUAAAGGAGUACUUAGAUAAUGUCCAGUUGGGGCAGAUCCUGGAACGUGAAGGAGGCUGGGACAGUGUUCAGGACUGGAUGGAUGUUCUCAGUGGAGGAGAGAAACAGAGGAUGGCAAUGGCCAGACUGUUUUAUCAUAAACCCCAGUUUGCAAUUCUGGACGAAUGUACUAGUGCCGUUAGCGUUGACGUAGAAGGUUAUAUCUACAGCCAUUGUCGGAAAGUUGGCAUCACUCUUUUCACAGUUUCUCACAGAAAGUCACUCUGGAAGCAUCAUGAAUUUUACCUUCACAUGGAUGGAAGAGGAAACUAUGAAUUCAAGAAGAUUACUGAAGACACCAUUGAAUUUGGUUCUUAAACCUCCCUGCAACCUACUCCAGUGACUGAUAAUAGCACAGUGCAUAGAAAGACAGAGUACACUGUAACAUAACAAAGCUACUGGGCUACUUCAAACCAAUAACUAGGAAUAGGAUAACAUGCCAUCCAAAACAAGCCGUCAAUGCAUUUACUAUUAUGUAGACUAUUACUAAUUUGUGUAUAUGUUGAUUUAAUUAUUAAUAUGUACUAAGAAUGUCCUUAUUCUUGUGGUGUUGUUUUUUUAAAAAAAAAACCUGCCUAAAUUAAAUUGGGCUUAAAUCACUGUAACGUUGAUUCAUCUUGGGAUGUAAACAUUCUGAAGUCAAUUAAUUUGACCUCCAAUUCCUCUGGGGAAGAACCCUUAUUAAAGUUAAGGUCACUACCUCCUCUCAGCCCAGUACAGGAGACAUGAAUUUUUAUGUCAUAUCCUGCUGCAUCAGUUUAUGAUACUGAAUAUCAUACUCUUUUCAGGGUAGUACUAGCCAAAUGUACUGCAGCAUUGCACAGAGCAGUGAGCCUUUCCUUUGCCUGAGGUUGUGGUGAAGCUUUGCUUGCAAUAGUACUGGGUUCAGGGCAAAAGUGUGUCCCAAAUCAGCUUUUAUAAGAUGAGCUCAUUCCAGGGGAGAUCCUGCAUCCCAUUCUCUCUGCAUAGCUUCCCACUGCUCUUUGGAUCCUGUUCUUCAACAAAACCUAAAUAAACAGUGCUGUUCCAUUUUGCCUUGUUCUCAUUUAGGAGGGUUCUGAGCCAUUUGAUAGCUCUGGGAAGCUGUAUACAAGUUCUAAAUAAAUUGCCAUGGACAUCUGCCACAUGGAUUCAGAUAUCUCAGAAGGUGAACUUUGCCUACUGGAUUUUUUCUUUUUAGUGUGUGCACAUGUGUGAUUUUUUAAAAUGUGUAAUGCCUGAGUUAUAGCAGUUCAAAGCCUUUUAGAAAUGAUUUUUGUUACUUGAACUAUGUUUUUUAUUAUUGUUUUUGCAUCCUAGAAAUGACUUCCAUAAAAAUUACUUAAUUCUUAACCAUAUAUGAGCACUUCCCAAAUUGGUAUGAAGCAAUUGCAAACUGUUACAUUCUGGCAAGACCACAUAUAACAGAGACUUCCAAAAGUAUUAAUUUUCUGGUGGAAGCAAUUCUGGUUGCCACAUGAUGAUAUGGGAUCAUUGCCUAGGAUUAGCUGUAUAGUUGGGAAUGGGAAGACAGUGGCUGGCUAGCCUGGCUGUGUAAUAAGCUGCCAUUUAGCCUAUAAAAAAAUUCUGAAAUCCUCUGUAGUACAACAAAAGUCUGGGUAUGUGGUUUUGUCCCUAUGAUGUAAUAUAGAAAUGCACUACAUUAAGUCAUGCACUACAUAUGCAAAUAAAUGUGAUUGCUGGUUUCCCCCCACUAAAAAUCUGUUAGUGAUUAUAUGUCAGACUUACUUUAGCCCCCUUUCGUAGUAAGGCUGCUACUUGUCAAAGUUCCAAACCACCAAUUGGAUUUGUUCUUCUCGUACUGCUUCCAAGUUCAGCAUUUAUAAAUGCCAUUGACGUCAUGCUUUUAUGCAACUCAUCAGUGGAGAGCUACAACAGGGUAAACUAGCAGUGAGUUUAAAAGCAACUUAUCACAGAACUAACUCUUAUCUGUCAUCACUUCUCACUUUUCUUAUUUAAUCUGGCCAAGAGUUACCCUUCUAUACCUGUUUUAUGUUUGUUUAAAGAACUUUACAGACUGAUUCUGAGAUUGGUUGUGCUAGCUGACCCAUGCUUACAGUGGGAUGAUAUAUCCAAGACCAUAUCAUAACACCCGAUGUUAAAGUGGCACAAUAGUUUCGGAUUGGAUGGUGAUCUAGAAUGUAACUCUGAGAUGCAGGUUGCUAUGCUGAUAAUGAAAACUUCUUUUUCCAUAUAAUCCCUGUCUUUCAGAUUAACUAUUUUGUAAUGGCUGUUCUAGUGAGACUGGCUUUCUCAAACACAACUCUUUCUAAGGAACUGUUAUAUUUUUUAGAGCAGAAAUUGCUGCUUUUUAAAUAUUUGUAUUCAUUUUUCAGAGAGGUCUGUGCUAAUCUUAACUAGUAGUAGACUUGAGGUUUUUUAAAGAAUGUUAUAUUUUUGUCAGUAACUAGAAAGCACCCAUUAUUUAUAUAGCAUCCUUUGCAGAAAGCCCAGAAGGAUUACCAUUCAAGACUGGUUACUAACAACACUAAAUACAAACUGGGUUAAUUUUGUCUAUCAAAUAGAGCAGAUUAACUUCAGUAGCCAUUGACCAAUGAAACCAGUCCACUGACUUCAACACCAGAUAAGAAAUCAAGAGUAAUUGGGUAUUCAGACAUUGCCUGUCCUUUAUAACAUCUCAAGUUUCAAUAUCAAUCAUACAUCAAAGAAAGACUGACCCCAUGAGGAAGCAAGUAUGAAGGUAGAGCAGUGCUCAAGGGAAGCAGUAUUUUGAAAUUAUGCUUUUUAGUGGAAAUGUUUUCAAAUGUUUUGUGAAAUGAUCCAGAAAUAUGGUUCCGCUAUGGAUUUGUGCUAUGACCUUGUACAUUGAUUGCUGCUUUUGUGAUGGCUUAAACUGGAAGUUUUGACAUGAUGGGGAAGUCAGCAAAAAUGAAGCAUCUCUAUGUCACAUAAUUUUGGCUGGUAUUAUUUGGUACUCUGGUAAUCACAGAUGACUCCCAUUUCAAUGGGAAAUAAUUGCUGUACUUUAAUUGUAGCUUGUAAAGCACUUUGGGAGGAAAGGCGCUAUAUAAAUGUAAGAUUUUUCUAUAUAAGUGCCUCUGAAUAAUAAAUCUGAGACAA